AUGAACAAUAAUAACAUGUCUUCAACUCCAUUAUCAAUGCAAUACAACUACAAUGGUAAUAGUGGGUUUUCAAGUAUGGUGCCGCAACAAGUGAACCGUCAUGGUGUAAGUGCAACACAAAAUUCUAUUAUAGAUGAUUCUAACAUAUAUAAUCAACGCCAUGCACAUGCUAGUCCAAUAAAUUUUUUUGAUGAUACACAAUCACAUAAUAGCCCAUCUGUAUCUAUCAUUGAUGACAAUAUAUUUGAUGAUACAUUUGUUCAAAGCACCAUAAAUGUUCAACAAUAUAUAAGGCUUUUACCAGGAGGUCAGGGGAAUCAAUUUCUGGCUCCAUCUAUUGUUCAUGUGUGGUCUAAUAAUUUUGUACCACAGGGGGCACAACGACCUUCUAAUCCUUCAACAAGUAGUUACAACCUAAACCCUCCCCCAUCCCAUAUUGGACCAGGGUUUAGUACUGCUGUUAAAUCUGAUCAGUACAUGCAGUCUGGUAUAAUACCGGCUAGACCGAGGAAUCGCCGUCGCGGUAAUAACUGCAUUUUCACCUCAACUUCUCGUGUACUUAGGGAUCGGAGGAACAGGCCUAGGGAUGAGGUUUUUAGCUCUCUAUAG